AAAAAUAAUCGGCAGGGGAAGUUAAUGCCCGCCGUGCACUACUUAUCACUGAAUUUUUAAAUUUCAAUCAAAGAAACUUAUCGCUUAGGCGAUUGGUCAAUCAAAACUAUAAUACAGUAGUAUUCAUAAUGUCGUCGAGUGUACUCGUGAUUUCAAUAGGCUUAAUUGUAACCCAAUGCUGCCAGUGUUACACAGUUCCAAAGCCUGAAAUACUGGUAUACAAACCGCGCGGUUUUAGCGUUAGCAUACCGGACGAAACCGGCAUACGUCUGUUUGCAUUUCAUGGGAAAAUCAACAAAGUGAUCCAAAAUUUACAUCCAGGAGAUCUCACAAAGGAAGUGAAAUAUCCCGUCAACGGAAAAUGGAUUUUUCAUGACGAACGGACCAAACUAAAGGUUGGUGACACCAUUCACUACUGGAUGUUCGUGGUAAAAGACGCCCACGGAUACUCACUGGACAGUACUUCGUUUACAGUAACAGAUUUAGUGGAAAACGCAUCUACCAACUCUGAGAUGCCUACCAGAAUUGGUAACCCCAAUGGAAUGUGCAGUAACGAAAUCAACACCAUAUGCCUCCAAAGUCUGUUUAACGUCACGCAGUCGUUCGGGCAACUUCAAUCCUAUGUUGUCACACUGAAAAAAAAAUCAGAGCAACUGAGGAACUUUAUAGAGCAAUCACCUUCCGCCAGAAAAAUGACUAUCAGUGGUAGGAUUCCACUGGAGGGACUAGCCUCAAGCACCGUCGCCUUCUUGUUGAGGGAGAAACUGGAUAUUAAUGUAGUUGUGGUAUCAGCUGAAAGACAUUUUGAUGGAAGCAUAGCGUUUGAAGUUCCUACUAUUGAUGACAAGUUAGAGAUCUUAGAGGCGGCUAAAUCCAAGUUGGCCUAUACAAAAAUAUUUGUUCACUAAGGACCUGCACUGCAACUUCAAACUUUCAAAUUGCCGCCCGUGGGUGGUAUCAAAUCUAUUAUUCACUUUUUAAUGUCAAAUGCUCUUACAAUUAAAUUUUGAAUUUGAGCAAA